GCACCAUACCUGAAAUACAGUGAUCUGGUGUUGUAAUGUGUGGGAAUAUUGUGUCUCCACGUAGUUCGGCUCUCGUUUAGAACAGGCACUUGGUUUUUUUCCCGUGCUCUGUCCUUUGCUACGCUCAACUUCAACCAAUCCACCACGUCGCUCUGUUUACCUCCUUUCGUCUUUGUAUCCACGGAAUACAUUUUAUAUACAUACACACACACACAGUUGAAUUGAAUUUGAUGACAUGACGACAUGACGCUACUCUUGUGUGUUUGUUUGAUGAGAGUGAAUAAUUGAACAAAGAAUAAUAAGGAGUGGUUAUCGAUCUACUGAGACCUUUUUGCUUUAAAAAAAAAUUGCGAAUGAAGCCCAUCGUCUCUGGUAAAUUAAAAUCCAGUGGACACACGAGUAGGGGAAAUAGAGAGAGUAGUGAGAGCAUAAUAAGUGAGGACAUAAGAGGAUAGGAGCGUAUUCUGCAAGGCGCGUGAGAGUGGCCGCGACGGCAGACUUCAACAGGAGAAAGAUAAGAGAAGGAAGGAUAGGCAGGAGGAGGAGAGAUGACGUCAGGGGGGGCAGUCAAGGAAAGGAGAGACGCGUGGAAACGUCUAGAUGCCCGCGCACGCGCUUCCUUUUUGUGAAUAUAUGAAGCCAUCCCUGCUGCUGCUUCUACACAAAGCUAUGUUGUUCCGGAAUCCAGACCAGAAAGAAGAGACCCUCAACCUGUGUUUCUGUAUAAUUAUAAACAUAUAAAAGUGUAAAUCCGAUCAAGAGGAAGGAAGAAAGGAAGAGGAAAGAUGUGUUUGGUGUUUGUGUGCGACGAGGACGAGCGAGUGGUGUCGAGGCAGAUGGCGCCGGGGGCGUGCCCGUACUGCGGAGGCAUGGUUCAGGCGGUGGACGUGGAGACCCAGUGGAGGUUCUGCUUCCUGCCCUUCUACUUCAAAACCAAGCGCCGCUUCUACUGCUCCUUCUGCAACAGGCGCCUCAUCCUCCAGUGAUCUUUAGACUUCAAUGCCUCUCUAAUUUUUCUUUCCCUUCUUCAAUUUUGUCUCCCUCUGUAAUUCCACCACUUAUAAUACUAAUACUAAUAUCUUCCUUUUAA